GCCGCGCCGCCGCCCCCGCCGCGAGACUCGCCGCCGCCCGUGCCCUUCGGGACGCCCGAUGCCGCCGUGCAGGCGCUGUACAGCCCCACGCGGCCCGUCAGCAGGGACAAGUACCUGGAGCGCGGCUUCAGCCUGGGCUCACCCGUCUCGGCCGAGUCCUUCCCCGCCCCGGCCGUGCCUGGCACCAUGGACCCGCUCCUAUUCGCCCCGGCCGAGCUCAAGCUCUGGGCCGCCGCCGGCCACGUCGAGCCGCCCGCCGCCCACCCCGGCCCCGGCGGAGCCCCCGCGCCGCCCGCCCCGGCCGCGCCGCCCGCCUCGGGCCGCCCGCCGCCCAACAAGCGCCCGCCGGGCGCGGCCGAGCCCGGGCGGCACAAGGCCCCGUCGGGCAAGAAGACGAAGGCGAUCCGCAAGCUGACCUUCGAGGACGAAGUGACCACCUCGCCCGUGCUGGGGCUGCGCAUCAAGGAGGGCCCGGUGGAGGCGCCGGCCAAGGCGCGGGGCGGCUGCGCCCGCCCGCUGGGCGAGUUCAUCUGCCAGCUCUGCAAGGAGGAGUACGGGGACCCCUUCGCGCUGGCGCAGCACCGCUGCUCCCGCAUCGUCCGGGUGGAGUACCGCUGCCCCGAGUGCGACAAGGUCUUCUCCUGCCCCGCCAACCUCGCCUCCCACCGCCGCUGGCACAAGCCGCGCCCGCCCGCAGCCAAGGGUGGCCCCGAGGCGGGCCGGGCACCGGCCGCGGCCCCGGGCCCGGCGGAGGAGCCGCCGAAGGAGGCGAGCGGCGGCAGCGGCAGCGAGCGGGACACGCCGAGCCCUGGCGGAGCCUCGGAGGCGGGCUCCGAGGAGGGGCUCUUCGAGUGCCCCCGCUGCUCCAAGCGGUUCCGCCGGCAAGCCUACCUGCGCAAGCACCUGCUGGGGCACACCGCCCCGGCCCCCGCAUCCGCACCGGCACCCGCACCGGCCCCCGCGCCGGCCCCGGAGCCCGCUGCCGAGGAGCCGCCCGCCGCCGAGUGCCGCCUCUGCCCCGUCUGCGGGGAGACCUUCCCCAGCAAGAGCAGCCAGGAGCGGCACCUGCGCCUCCUCCACGCCGCCCAGGUCUUCCCCUGCAAGUACUGCCCGGCCACCUUCUACAGCUCGCCCGGCCUCACCCGGCACAUCAACAAGUGCCACCCCUCGGAGAACCGGCAGGUCAUCCUGCUCCAGGUGCCGCUGCGUCCCGCCUGCUGAGCCGCCCGUGCCUUCCCCGCCGGCCCCGCGCCGCUCCCCCGGGGCCGCCACACGAUUAGCUUUAAUACGGCUUGCGACCUGCUGGAAUCUGGCUUUACACUUACCU